AUGCUGAUUUCAUAUUUGCUUGUAUUAUGGGGAAAUAUGAUUUUCUACUAUCCCGGUAUUUUCCUUACUUGCGUUAGUUUGUACUUAACGUCAAUUAUGGAUCAAUUCAAUGCAAAAAUUAUUUCCACACAAGGAAAAAUGACGAAACCUUCUUAUUGGAAAUCGAUUCGUGAAGAUUACGGUUGCAUAACGAAUAUCAUUCGUUCACUGGAUGAUCUUAUGGGUUACUUAACUCUUUCAACUAUUUUAAACAAUAUAUUUUUUGUAUGUUUUCAACUGUAUUCUAUUUUUUCAGAACCUUAUCAACGUAACAUCUACACCGUAUGUUCAACACUUUUAAUGUUACUACAAUUAUUGACUCUGGUAUUUUUCACCUCUGAAGUUAACACAACCUCUCGAGCCGCUACAGCUUUUCUAUACAAAGUGACUUCAACAGAUUUUUGCACCGAGGUACAAAGACUUAUAGAUCAAUCGCACAACGAUGAAGUUGCUCUCAGUGGACUCAAAUUUUUUUACGUUACCCGAGAAUUUGCUCUUUCUGUAAGUAUAUUGUAA